AUGCCAAUCCACCUCGAGAUACCAGUCUUCUCCCCUUCCUCGGCGCUGCACGCCCAAGCCAUCGGCGCGCAGCGCAUCGAGCUCAACGCGCGCGGGAGCUACGCCGUCGGCGGCACGACGCCCGCGCUCGCGGACCUCGAGGGCGUGAAUAACUGGCUCAUGGUGCCCGUGCGGAUCAUGAUCCGGCCGCGGGGGAAGCGCCCUGAAGAUGAGGUGGACUUUGUGUACGAUGAUGACGAGUUUGAGAUGAUGGUGAGGGAUGUGGAGAGGUUUCGGGGCGUGUUGAGAGGAGAGAGGGGGGAUGGGUUUGUGUUUGGGGUUUUGGAGAGGAGGAAUGUUGGUGAUGAUGGUGGGGUUGUGGUUGAUGUCGAGAGGAAUCGGAGGCUGGUGGAGGCCGCUGGCGGACUUGCGUGUUCUUUCCACCGGGCUUUUGACGAGGUUAUUCGCGAUGGAAGAGCCGAGACGAUUACGAAGGGGGUGAGGGAUUUGGUGGGCUGCGGGUUUGAGGGGGUGCUUACGUCCGGCGGGCCGGGAAACGCGGCGGAGAACCGGGCCGCGCUGGAGGUUGUUGUGCGGGAGGCGGCGUCGUCGGGGGCCGCUGGCAAGGGGACGGGAAAGGGACUGGAGGUUAUUAUCGGCGGCGGGGUGAGGAAGGAGAAUGUUGAGGGGGCGGUUGACGGGUUUGAGGGGGCCCGUGUCUGGGCGCACUCGAGUUGUUUUACAGGCAAGUGUGCCGAGGGAGAGGUUGAUGAUGAGGAGGCGAUGGGGAUUAUGGAGAGGCUUGCUGAGAGGUGA